GUGAUCCUCCUUGUGUCCACAACCCAACAUUUUAUUCCGCUUUUCCUCUGUCUUCUACUUCUUCUUCUUCAUCCUCUCUUCUUCUCCAAACCCUAAUUUUCACAAACCCUCAAAACAUUGAAUAUAUAUUUUAAGAAAUCUUCAGCAUAUACUUAUCAUCUCAAAUUUGAAGCAAGUACAAAUUCCUCUUAGUUUCUUGAUCAUCUGUUUACAGCCAAAAACACUAAUAGAUAUUCUUCUUACAUACACACAUAUAUAGAGAUUAUAUAGGCAAUAUAUAUAUGGCUUCCUCAUCAGAACUAAGCUUGGACUGCAAGCCACAAAGCUACUCUAUGCUUUUGAAAUCCUUUGGGGAGAAUUUUCAGAGCGAUCAAACCACACAAAAGCUUGAAGAUCUUCUUUCUCGCCUCGAACAAGAACGUCUCAAGAUCGAUGCUUUCAAGCGCGAGCUCCCCCUUUGCAUGCAGCUCCUUAACAAUGCUGUGGAAGUUUACAAACAACAGCUAGAAGCAUAUCGAGCAAAUAACAACAACCAAAGUGUUGUCACAAGACCGGUUCUUGAAGAGUUCAUCCCCUUAAGAAACCAACCCGAAAAGGCGAAUAAUUGGAUGACGACUGCUCAGCUUUGGAGCCAACCUGAAACCAAACCUAAAAGCAUUGAUCAAACUACAGAUCAGUCUCCAAAAGACGAGCUUGCUAGUAGUCCAAAACUCGGACAUGUUGAUGCGAAACAAAGAAAUGGCGGUGGUGCUUUUCAUCCUUUCUCUAAGGAACAACAUUUGCCUGAAUUAGCUCUAUCUACGGAGGUCAAAAGGUUCUCUCCGACCAAUGAACAUCCUAAUGACCAUGGUAAUGAUGAGAGCAUAAUAAAUAGUGGUAAAAACAACAAUAAUAAUAUCAAUUCGAAUAGCAAUGGAGUUUCUUCUACAACAAGUCAAAGUAAUAGAAAGGCACGGCGUUGCUGGUCGCCGGAUUUGCACAGGAGAUUUGUCCAAGCUCUUCAAAUGCUUGGUGGUUCUCAAGUGGCUACACCAAAACAGAUAAGGGAGCUGAUGAAAGUCGAUGGUUUGACCAAUGAUGAAGUCAAAAGUCAUCUCCAGAAAUAUCGGCUUCACACUAGAAGACCAAGCCCAAGCCCACAAACAUCAGGUGGACAAGGUCCUCAUUUAGUGGUCCUUGGUGGCAUAUGGGUUCCACCAGAGUACACCACUGCACACGGCGGCACUCCAACCCUCUACCACCACCAAGUUCACCACCACCAUGGCAACGCGGCGACGCAGCCUCCACAACACUUUUGCUCUUCUCAAGAAUUCUACACAACUCCGCCUACACCGCAGCCACUCCAUCACCAACACUUCCAAACAUUCAACGGCUCAUCCGCCGGUGGUGCCACGUCCAACGAUUCAGCUCAUCAUCAGUUAACGGAUAGUGCCACCGAUGAAGGGAAGUCUCUCGAGAGUGGUGGUGGAGAGGGAAAAGGAUUGGCUGCUCUGAGGGAGGAAGGUGAAGAUCAGAGUAAUAUCAAUGGAAGCGAAAUAACUCUGAAAUUCUAAAAACAUUCUUCUUGAUUAAUUAGAGGGAAAGAUUAUAGGUUAAGGUUUGUGGGUGGCUAUGUGAAUGUGACUAAAUUCAUUGCUUGUAUCUCUCUAUGUACUUCUGAGUAGAAAAAUGAACCGUAGGAGGCAGUGAGUGUUUUAUCGAAUUUAUGAUUAACUAUCA